CUUGCUAUGUGUUCCUGCUCAAAGGGGAAUGCUCGAUGGACAGAGGGAUACGCUUAAUGGUCAGAGCGCAGACAGCCGUGAUGCCUUCGAUUAGGGGACUGAUCUCCAGACGGCUGCCACGCCUUGUCUCCCGUCGCAUUCAUCCUAGCUUUCAAUCACUUCCCUACGAGAUCCGAGUUGCUUGCUACCUUGCUGACUGGAUGUUCCUCGCGCUCGUUGUGAGAAAAUGGUACAUUCUCCUUCGAAUCUUGGCAAUAAGAGGCCGACUUUCGUUGCCGUCGACGUGAAGACUAAGCUGCAGUGGCACCGAGUGAUGAGGCUCAGCCUCGACAUUGGCUCAGCAUUGCCCUUGACCCUCGUCAGUUUCGCCGGUGUCUUGAUAAGGUGCUCAAGGCUAGGCCUGCCUCUCAGCUCGCUCAGCAACUCGACCUCUGGAUCUCUUCGGUCGCUGCUGCAGCCCUGAUCGAUCCGCAGCCGCUGCGCACCACCUUAGUGC